AUGGAGAGCUGUAUUGGAAGUGCAUUGGAUGAUCUUGAUUCAAUCGGUCUGGGAUGCUCUGGGUAUUAUCUUGGCUUCGAGCAGCAGCUGGGGUGCCAGUUGAGACUAAUGAAAACAAUUUAUGGGUUUGGAAGGAAAAGGGCUGAAAAUGGUGUUGGAUUCGAAUCUGGGUUGCGUAAUUUGGAGGAGAAUGCUUACAGAGAAUCAUUGCAAAUUCAUAUUCUUUUUCUCACACUGAGGAACGCUAAUGUUGAUCUACUGACCUUCGAGGCGGAACAAUCGCAUCUCUUCUGUGGGGUUAUCAGUUGUUUUAGGGUGAUGAUGGAUUUGGGAUACCUACCUUACUAUCACUUGACUAAAAGCCUACUGAAAAGCUUAGAAUUCUUGAAGAACUUGAUUCGCUUUGCCAUAUUCCGAGGACUUGAGAUUAGUCAGAUGGAAGACAUGUUGAUUCACGCUCAGGGCUUGAGAUUAAUCAUGUUGAUUCACGCUCAGGGCUUGUGUUUGAAGUCUGCUUGUGUUCCUGGAGAAGAUGAAGUUGAACAACUCAUGGAAAGAUCAAAACCCGUUGAGUACCAUGUUCUGCUUCGUGGUACUUGUUACAUGAACAUGUUUGACCAUCAAAUCCAUACACUCUACGAAGGACUCCGAUUCUUGAGAACCACUUUGAGAGAGCACCAUCAUGAUAAGUUUGAUGAGGAGUUAUUAUAUGAUGAUGAGAAAGUGCAAAACAUUAUUGGAGUCUUUCUUUGUGAGACAGGGCUGUCAAAAGGGCUCAUAGUUUGCUAUCUAUUUGUCAAAAUAGAUGACAGCAGCCACGUGAUUGAACGGCUGCAGGAUCUGUUUUUUGAGGUUGAGAAGAAAAUCAAGCUUUUCCAGAAGGAGACAGAAGAAGAGGCACCAAGAUAUCUACUCAAUCCAGCAGCAUCCUGCUUUCCUCAGACCAACUUGUUGGGGUUUAUUGAUUCUGUCCUGAUUCAGUGGUUGCUUCAGAGAAGAAUAAGUUUGUCACAAUCUGGGACGUUCUGGCAUUUCUAA